UAUAAUAAUAUUAUAUCAAAGUCCACAUGUAAUUUGAAAAUGGAUAGCCUUUCCUAUCUUCUUCACAUCCAUUAAACCCCUUCAACGUUCAUCCCCCAAACAACAAUCUUGACCAUCAUGAUCUCUUCACUCCCUUCAACCUCUACAUUUCAAUUACCCACUUCCACCCCUCCACCAACAAAAACCCUAACCCUAAUCACCCCCUAUUCCAUUUCCCACCAAUUCCCCUGCAAAAAACCAAUAAAAAACACAACUUUCAAGAUCCAAUCAUCACCCUCAUCACACAUGAUCGAAAAGGAGACCGCAGAGACCCACCGUCCGGACACUUUUCUCCGAGAUUCCGACGGUGGAUCAUCGGUUGAAGCGGGUUCAAUUAGAGCUCGCUUUGAGAAGAUGAUACGGGAGGCGCAGGACAGCGUGUGUGCGGCGAUUGAGGCGGCGGACGGUGGUGCGAAGUUUAAGGAGGAUGUGUGGUCGAGGCCGGGUGGGGGUGGUGGGAUAAGUAGGGUUUUGCAAGACGGUGCCGUUUGGGAGAAAGCUGGGGUGAAUGUUUCGGUGGUGUAUGGUGUGAUGCCACCUGAAGCUUAUAGGGCUGCUAAUCCUGCUGCUAAUGCUGCUGAAAAUGGCAACUUUAAGCCUGAACCUGUUCCCUUUUUUGCUGCUGGUGUUAGCUCUGUUUUACACCCAAAGAACCCUUUUGCACCAACGUUGCAUUUCAAUUAUCGUUAUUUUGAGACUGAUGCUCGAAAAGAUGCUCCCGGAGCACCAAGAUCAUGGUGGUUUGGUGGCGGUACUGAUUUGACACCUGCUUAUAUAUUCGAAGAAGAUGUCAAGCACUUCCAUACGGUACAAAAAAAUGCCUGUGACAAAUUUGAUCCGAGCUUCUAUCCACGUUUCAAGAAAUGGUGUGAUGAUUAUUUUUACAUUAAGCACCGAAAUGAGAGACGGGGGCUUGGAGGCAUAUUUUUCGAUGAUUUAAACGACUAUGAUCAAGAAAUGCUCCUCUCUUUUGCCACUGAGUGCGCCAACUCUGUGGUUGAUGCAUAUAUACCGAUUAUAGAAAGGAGAAAGGAUACGCCAUUCACUGAUAAACACAAGGCAUGGCAGCAACUGAGAAGGGGCCGUUAUGUGGAAUUCAAUUUGGUGUAUGAUCGAGGGACAACAUUCGGUCUUAAAACUGGAGGUCGGAUUGAAAGCAUUCUUGUCUCUUUGCCGCUAACAGCCAGAUGGGAAUAUGACCAUAAACCUGAAGAGGGUAGCGAAGAAUGGAAACUUUUGGAUGCUUGUAUUAACCCGAAAGAGUGGGUUUGAAUCUGAUAAUGGUUUUGCUUAGCUUGUAAAAUACCGUUUGCGCGAUCGUUUCACGUUUGACUUUUUUUUCCUUUUCCUAAUGUAGAGAUAGGGAUUUUAGUUGAGCAACUAGAUUGUAAACCGAGGUUACGACGGGUGGCAAUGUUGUAUUUUCUUUUCUAUAUGUAUGUUUUGUUCUUCCGUUCA